AUGGCCAAACCAACCAAAUACAGCCACCUGCCGCUCUCAACCUCGGGCCCGCAAGACUGCGCCCUCACCGGCGCCGCCCUGCUCCGCAACCCCUACCUAAACAAAGGCACAGCCUUCAGCGCCGAGGAGCGCGCAACGUUCGCCCUGGCCGCCUCGCUGCCGAAACAAGUCGACACGCUGGAGCAGCAGCUGCAGCGCGCGUACGAGCAGCUGAGCACGCACCGCACGCCGAUAGGCAAGAAUGCGUUCAUGACGAGCAUGAAGGCGCAGAAUGAGGUGCUGUACUACCGCCUCAUCCAGGAGCAUUUGAAGGAACUCUUCCCGAUUAUUUACACGCCUACGGAGGCGGAUGCGAUUGCGGAUUAUAGUCGCUUGUUCCGGCAGCCCGAGGGGUGUUAUUUGAAUAUUGAGGAGGCGGAGGGGAUUGAGGCUGCGUUGGAGAGGUGGGGCCCCGCGGAGGAUGUGGAUAUCAUUGCUUGCAGUGAUGGGGAGCAGAUUUUGGGGAUUGGAGAUCAGGGCGUCGGCGCGAUUCUGAUUUCCAUUGCGAAGCUGGUCAUCUACACACUUUGCGCGGGGAUCCAUCCGAACCGCGUGCUGCCGGUGGGCUUGGAUGUGGGGACGGACAAUGAGCAUUUGCUGAACGACGAUUUGUACUUGGGACUGCGCAGGCCGCGCGUGAGGGGGGAGGAGUACGAUGCGUUCAUCGAUCGGUUUGUGCAUGCUUGUCGGAAGAAGUAUCCGCGGGCGUAUAUUCACUUUGAGGAUUUUGGGCUGCACAAUGCGCGCCGCAUCCUGGACAAGUAUGCGCCGCAGAUUGCGUGCUUCAACGAUGAUGUGCAGGGGACGGGGGCGGUGACGCUGGCGGCGUUGUAUGCUGCGCUGCACGUGGCGAAGCUGAAGCUGAAGGACUUGCGGAUUGUGAUGUUUGGGGCGGGCACGGCGGGGACGGGCAUUGCGGAUCAGAUUCGAGAUGCGAUUGCGGUGGAGAGCGAGAAGUCGAAGGAGGACGCGGCGCAGCAGAUCUGGUGUGUCGACAAGCAGGGCGUGCUGCUGCAGAGUCAGAAGGACGACCUCACGCCUGCGCAACAUCCGUUUGCUCGACCGGACGACGAGUGGAAGGACAGCGAUGCCAAGUCAUUGAAAGAGAUUAUCGGGAAAGUGAAGCCGCAUGUGCUCAUCGGGACUAGUACGAAGCCGCGGACGUUUACGAAGGAGGUGGUGCAAGAAAUGGCCAAGCAUGUCGACCGGCCGAUCAUCUUCCCGUUGUCCAAUCCUACAAGGCUUCACGAGGCCGAUCCGAAGGAUCUCCAUGAGUGGACGGAUGGAAAGGUUCUGACAGCGACGGGCAGUCCGUUCCCGCCGGUGACAACGAAGGACGGCGGGAAGCGAGAGAUUGCAGAGUGUAACAACAGCACCAUGUUCCCCGGCAUCGGGCUCGGGGCCGUGCUAAGCAGAACCAAACGCAUCACGUCGGAAAUGCUGGUAGCGGCAGUGAAAGCGCUCUCCGCCCAAGCGCCCGCUCUCAAAGACCCCGAUGCCGCACUGCUGCCCGACGUGACGGACGUGCGGGAAAUCAGCGUGCAAAUCGCGGCGGCGGUGAUUAAACAGGCGAUCAAGGACGACAUGGCGCAGGAAGCAGACAUCCCGACGGACGACGGGGACUUGGCAGAGUGGAUCCGCGAGCAGAUGUGGGAGCCGAAGUACCGGGCGUUGCGCAAGGUGGACAAGCAUGUGGCGGAUCGCGUUGCCAAGGGUGAGGCUGGGAGUCGGGGGGCUGCGGCGGUGCAUGAGUAG